AUGAGCCACCUGGGCAUGGAGCACGAGCAGCACCAUCCCCAUCCAGACCAAGGAUACCACGACGCCACCGGUCAGUGGGUCGACAGCAGCGCCCACUAUCCGCAGUCCCAGCACCACUCGCCCGUCCACGACUACAAUGGAUUCUACAAUCCUCUCCCCAUGGAGCCCAUGUACUCGCAGGGAAUGUCCCAGGGCAUGCCGCCACCGCCACCGCGAACGACCCACCAGCAGCUCCAGCCGCUCAUCAUGCCUCAAUGGCCGAGCAUGUUGACCAGCCAGUCCAACUAUGCCCCGCCGCCCAUGUACUCGGCGCCCGCGCCCGUCCCCGUCUCAGCCACGCCUACUCCAGUCUCGGCCACGUCGACGCGCUCGUCGGGCACUCCCAGGAAGACGCUGACGGACAACGACCGUCGGCGCAUGUGUCUCUACCACGAGGAAAACCCCACGGUCAAGCAGACCGAGAUAGGAGCUAUGUUCGGCGUGGAACGAAGCACGGUGUCCAAGGUGCUGCGGCAGAAGGAGAAGUACUUGUAUCAAGAUGACGGGAGCCGCUCCCCGAUCAAGAGGUCAAAGGGAAAGUUUCCAGACAUAGAACGAGCGCUGUCAAACUGGGCCCGCAACCACCAGAGGUCGGGUCUGCCUUUGACGGACGCCAUGAUCAAGGAGAAGGCGCGCUUCUUUGCAACGUCGGUCGGAAACUCCGACAGCCAUAUGAAGGCGAAUAGCAACACUUGGCUGGAGAAGUUCAAGCAGAAGAACAACCUCAUGGGAGCAGGAACAAAGUCACGGAAGAGCUCCAUCGCUGAAGAGUCGGAAGCAUCGAAUUCCGGGUCGACGACGCACACGCCGAAUGGAAUCUCGCCGACGUCGCCCAGCGGCGUCGCGUCGCCGUCGUCGAUAACGCUGAGCUCGAUGAAGAGCGAAGAGAACCUCAAGACGGAGAGCCCUGACAGCUUUGGAGACAUUUCCAGCGGCCACCGUCCUUUCCCUCACUCGCAGAGUAACACAUCCCUCUCCAGUGUGUUCACUGAUGCGGCAGGCUCGACCUUUUCGGCCGGCCCCACGAGUCCGACGUCGCCCUUCUUCACGCCCGACUCUGCCUGCGGACCCAGUCCUUUCAUGCCGUCCCAGCAGUCACGCAUGCCGCCGGGCAGCCAGGGACUCCAGAGGUCGCGAAGUCAGACCUUCCCAGCACUUGGAAUAGAUCCGUACGGCUCACCUCCAUCAUCAUCAGAGGCAGAAACACCGCGAUACGUCACGUCGGCCGCACUCGACUCGCCGAUAUCGGACCCACCUCUCAGCGGCGUUGAGGAGACGAUGCAUUCGGGUCUUCCGCUGAAAACCAGUUCGAUGCAGCCGCCCCCACUCCCGGCCAUUACCCCUGUUACGACGACGCAGCAGGUGUCGCCCAUCAGCCCGGGCAGCAGUUCUGCUUCUUCGCCGACGCAGGAAGAUGCCCGACGAGCACUGGAGCUGGUCAUGAGCUUCUUCCAGCAGCAGCCGAGCGGCUUCGUCGAGCCGCAGGAGUACGUCACGAUAGGGAAGCUGAUGGAGAAGCUGAAGCUUCAGCGAGGCGGCGGCGAGUCGCUCCCGGGUGGAAUGCACCGCAUACCGGAGCAGGAGUUUGGAAGAAAGAGCUAA